AUGCGCGUAAGUGGUAGCCGGAAGGUGGGAAAAUUAAUUCUGUCGCGUCGCCUGCGUACCCGUGAAAUAAACAUGGUUUUAAGUAAAAGUGUGUAACUUUACGGUGUAUAAAACGCGACGAGAAUACUCUUCAGUUAUUCACCCGUCGCUAUCAUAAAGGAACAGGCCCUCGACAUCCCUGUGUGUGGAGGCUGACGGCCCCUCAGUGGGCACAGAAUUCAAGCCAACCCUUCACUGUGUAUUCUUUUUUUAAUCUUGGAAUUAGCGGCUUACCUUUCUGCAGCAUGAAAAUCGCGGUAGAGGGCUGUUGCCAUGGAGAGCUGGACAAAAUCUACGAGACAAUCGGCUACCUUGAGAAAAAGGAAGCGGUAAAAGUGGACCUGCUGCUUUGCUGUGGAGACUUCCAAGCGGCUCGAAAUGAAGGAGACAUGAACUGUAUGGCUAUACCACUCAAGUACAGAAUGAUGCAGACCUUCUACAAAUACUAUUCUGGAGAGAAGAAGGCUCCCGUCCUGACCAUCUUCAUUGGAGGGAACCAUGAGGCUUCCAACCACCUGCAGGAGCUGCCGUAUGGCGGCUGGGUGGCACCCAACAUUUAUUAUCUAGGUUAUGCUGGUGUUGUUCGCUACAAAGGGAUUAGAAUUGGUGGCAUAUCUGGAAUCUUUAAAUCACAUGACUACCGAAGGGGUCACCAUGAAUUCCCUCCAUACGAUCCCAGUACACUUCGAAGUGUAUAUCACGUCCGAAAUAUUGAGGUAUUCAAACUGAAACAGAUCCAGAUGCCCAUAGACAUUUUCAUGAGCCAUGACUGGCCUCGUGGAAUCUACCACCAUGGUAGUACAGCGGAACUGUUGAGAAAGAAGAAGUUUCUGCGUCAGGAAGUGGAGUCCAACUCUCUGGGAAGUCCUGCAGCUGAGGAGCUCCUAGCUCACCUUCAGCCCAGAUACUGGUUCUCUGCGCAUCUUCAUGUGAAAUUUGCUGCUGUUAAGCAGCAUCCGCCGAAAGCUAAUGCUGCCCCACGUGUGACCAAGUUCCUCUCCCUGGAUAAAUGUCUGCCCUACAGGGACUUCUUACAGAUUGUGGAUGUUGCAGAGAGACCGGGUUCAUCUGAGGGUCUUGAGUAUGAUCCAGAGUGGCUUGCUAUUCUGAAGGCCACCAACAAUCUACAAAGCACCAACGCUCACCCCUGGAACCCCCCCGAGAACAAUGGCCUGCAUGAACGGUGGGACUUCAGACCUUCAGAAGCAGCGAUGAUGCAGGUGGCGAAGGAUUUCAGCGGCGAACUUGCCAUUCCAGACAACUUUAGCCAGACUGUGCAACCCUACGACCCCAAAAGGCCCAAGCAGCAUGCCUCCCCCAGCUGUAACACCAACCCUCAGACGACCGAGCUCUGUGCUACGUUGGGGCUCACUGACCUCUACGCCCAUGCUUUGCAGGGAGGUGGCAACUUGAGCAGAAUUCAGGCCGGCACAGGAGGGGAUGAUGAUGGUGAAAGUGCGGACGAACACAGCGAGUACCCGACCGACACUUCAGGAUUGUCGAGUUCGUAUAAUCCCGAUGAGAUCACCAUAGAGGAUGAGUGGGAGGAAGAGGAAGGAAAGGAGGAGGUUGACGGAAGCUCUAACCCAAUAUUAGCAGUAAGGGGAGAGAAUCCCUCUGAUGGACCUGCAGGCGAAGUCCACACCCCCGGCCGAAUGGUUCUGCCCGCGCCCAAAUCGGAUACCUCGCCCACUAAUCUGUCCCACUUGAUGAACCUGCCACCUCCCUCCCACUCGACCCCGGCAGUGGCAGCUCACCUUUGCCCUGGAGCAGAAAGGGAAGAACCCUGCGAGGACGAAGAUGAUGUCGCCGAUGAUGAUGAUGCCUCAGCAUUACCUACCCUAAAACGUACCAGCGACGAAGCCGAGGCUCCUGGCAGUAAAGUUACAACUCCCAGAAUCAAACGCAGAAACCAGGUCAUCUAUACAACAGUGGAGGAUGACGACGAGUGAGGAUUAGAGGUCAGGGCAGGCCAAAAAGUGAGGACUCAUUUCAUACCAUUUGUAACGGGGUGUACAAUACUCAAUUUUAUUGAUUUGUAAAACUUUGUAUUAAGUUAUGUAUCUACUUUCUGCCUUGUUAUACUUCUACAGAGGUGACGAAAGAGAUGUAUGGCUUCAUGAAAACACACUAAAAGCAGACGGAUAGAUUCUUGUUAAAAUAUUUUUGUACUUAUAAUUUCAAGAGUAAAGAGGCUGAGAAAUUAAAAUAUCCGUUUGGCUUUUAAAUGAACUACUGACAUAAUUGUGCAGCCACUCCUCAAAGUCCCAAAGGGGAACUUAUCAUUUGUCUGUUAAGGUCUUUUGUUUCACUUCAUCAGAAGCACGAGGCAAGUGAAAGAAAAGCGACCAGCAUUCUGCACUCGUAGUGCCAUUCACAGCUUUAUUGAACACUCUGUAUUUGAAUAUUUCUUGGGAAUAGCAUUGUAAUUUAAAUGUCAAAGUGUUGAGAUUUUUAGCCAUGUUUAGGAUCCGUAUGCCUGGUUGUGAAUCGGAAAACAAAAAGAUUCUCCAGGACACCAAAAUUAGUUUAAAUCCAACAGAUUUAUUUAGGCCUAUUUAAAUGAUCUAUUCCAGGGUCACAGGUGUGCUCUGCUAAAAUCAAAAAUGUCAUUAGAAUUCAGACAAUAUACAACAUACAGUGUGUAUUCAACAAGAUCUCUUUACAUCCAUACAAAGAGCCGAUACAGUAUAGCCUAACAACAGGGUGCCACGCUAUUGGUUUAGAGUACAAGCCAAUGUCAGAGAAAUGGUAUUCCUGUACUUUGCCUACGAAGCAAACGAGACAUGAUUCACAGAAAAUAAGAAACCCGGGAAUAGGCACUUUGUUUAGUUUUUUUUGUGUGCGUUUUCUUCAAUUCACUUUAGAAAAGCCUCGGACAGCAACCAGGGCACACAGCUCUGUUUGACGAGCAAGUUAAAUUAAUAAAUAAAACCAUUUCACCAACAACUUAGCGUCAGGACUAAAGGACAGAUGAGGGACACAACAUGGUCACAUUUUCUCCUACAGGUUUAUUAGAAAUCUCAUUCCUAUCCCAAUAUAUCCUAUAAUCUGGGCAAAGAGCCAUAGAUGGACAACCAAAUUGCCUGCUACUACAAUUAGCUCCAUCACUCAAUGUAACAAUCAAAAAGUGAUAUUAAGCUUUUUAUUGAAUAAAGAGAUUUAGUAAGUCUUGUUUUAAAUGCAGUAUUACUUUCUUUGUGUUUGAGGGAUACAUUUUCUGCUACAGAUGUAAUUAGUGAACAGUUUUCUGAUCAUACAUAAUAUUAAAGUCACACACAAACACUU